AUGAGGCAGAGAAGGUGGCUAGAGUUGAUAAAGGAUUAUGACCUCAGUGGUCAAUACCACCCUGGGAAGGCUAAUGUGGUAGCAGAUGCAUUAAGCAGAAAGGCUUGUUCCUUGAAUGCUAUGCUUAAGGAAAGGCUACCCGCCUUGUAUGUAGAACUUGAAAGCUUCGGGUUGGAAUUGGUUGCACCAGGAUUCUUGGCCAACCUCGAAGUUAGGCCUACCUUGAUGGAUGAUGUUAAGAAAGCUCAGAAGGGACACGAAAGUAUUGAAGGCAUCAAGAGGAAGAUCAAGGCAGGCAAGGCCCCAGGAUUCUCAGAGGAUGAGCAAGGAAUUGUGUGGUUUGGGAAUCGCAUUUGUGUACCCAACAAGAUUGAGCUCAAGAAUUUGAUCUUGCAAGAAGCUCAUGACACCCCGUAUUCCAUCCACCCCAGAGGAACCAAGAUGUAUCAAGACCUAAAGGAAAGAUUCUGGUGGCAUGGCAUGAAGAGGGAGAUAGCCACUUUUGUCGCUAAGUGUGACAUAUGCCAAAGGGUCAAAGCUGAACAUCAGCGACCCGCUGGAUUGUUACAGCCUCUCAAGGUGCCUGAAUGGAAAUGGGAUAAAGUUGGAAUGGACUUCAUCACUGGAUUACCCAGGUCAAAUAAGGGACAUGACUCCAUCUGGACCGGAGGUCAGACGGAACGAGUAAAUCAGAUACUCGAAGACAUGCUCCGCGCCUGUGUCUUAGCAUAUGGAGCUAAGUGGGAAGAUUGCCUACCCUUCGCCAAGUUCUCCUACAACAACAACUACCAGUCCAGUCUUCAGAUGGCACCGUUUGAGGUGCUAUAUGGACGGAAGUGCCGCACUCCCCUCAAUUGGUCCGAGACCGGAGAAGGACUAGUCUUUGGGCCCGAUAUCCUCUAUGAAGCAGAAGAGCAAGUCCAACUUGUCAGAGAUCAUUUGAAGACUGCCAAGUCAAGACAGAAGAGCUACGCUGACUCACGUCAUCGAGACAUAACCUUCCGAGUUGGAGACCAUGUCUAUCUCUGGGUCACACCUCUCAAGGGAACCCAGUGCUUCCAUGUCAAAGGAAAGCUCACACCAAGAUACAUCGGCCCCUUCAAGAUCACUGACUGGCAAGGAGAAGUGGCUUACCAGUUGGAACUACCACCUGAACUAUCCGAUGUGCACAACAUAUUCCACGUGUCACAACUCCGGAAGUGUCUCCAAGUUCCAGACAAGCCUGGUCUUUACAAGGACGUCGAUCACCAAGCCAUUGACCUUCAGCCUGAUUUGACCUACCAUGAGAGGCCCAUCUGCAUUUUUGACGAGGCUGAACGACACACUCGAAGCCGCACCAUCAAGUACUUCAAGGUCCAGUGGAGCAACCACACUGAAGCAGAAGCAACCUGGGAACGUGAAGACUACCUUAGAUCUGAGUUUCCCGAUCUCUUUUAA